AUGAUGCCAGCUGACAAUCACACUGUUUUUGACCCUGUAACUUACAUCCUGAAUGGCAUCCCGGGUACGGAGGAGUCUCAUUUCUGGAUCGCCAUCCCCUUCUGUUUCAUGUACGUUGUGACACUUUUUGGGAACUCUCUCCUACUAUUCAUCAUACUAACAGAACGAAGCCUCCAUGAGCCCAUGUAUCUAUUCGUGUCCAUGCUGGCCACUGUUGAUCUGCUGUUAUCUACCACUACGGUGCCCAAGAUGCUGGCUAUAUUCUGGUUUAGAGCAGGGGAAAUUUCUUUUGCUGCCUGCCUGACCCAGAUGUUUUUCAUCCAUGUCAGUUUUAUUGCCGAGUCAGCCAUCCUGCUGGCCAUCUGCGACCCCCUGAGAUAUACCGCUGUGCUAACCAAGUCUGUGAUUGGGAAGAUGGGGCUGGCAGUUGUCACAAGAAGUUUCUGUUUCAUUUUCCCUCUCAUCUUUCUCGUGAAGCAACUGAAGUUCUGCAGAACCAACCGCCUGCCUCACGCCUAUUGUGAGUACAUGGCCAUAGCCCGGCUGUCCUGCGACGACAUCACAGUCAACGUCUGGUAUGGCGUAGCCAUGGCUAUUAUAGUAAUUGGUUUGGAUGUUGUGCUCAUUGCUUUGUCUUAUGGAUUUAUCCUCAGGGCCGUCUUCCGGCUCCCCUCCAAGGACGCCCGGCUCAAGGCUCUCCGCACCUGCAGCUCCCACCUCUGUGUCAUACUGAUGUUCUAUGUGCCAUCCUUUUUCUCCUAUUUUGCACACCAGUUUGGGCACAUCAUCCCAGGUUAUAUUCUUAACCUACUGGCCAACCUGUAUGUGCUCAUUCCUCCCAUGUUAAACCCCAUCAUGUAUGGGGUGACAACAAAAGAGAUCCUGAAACGGGUGAUCAAUGUGUGCUAA